UCGAGAGUGUUUUGUUCAGGUCUAGCUACCAAGGCAGCUAGCUAGCAACUUGAGAAAAGGCAACAGUCUCUUCGUCGAUUUAACUUGCCAACCCUUAUUUUGGGAGCAAACAGCAUCAGACAUUUGGUGUUAGGAGUUUUUCCGUCACGCAUCAUAUUAACUAGAAGGGGACCUCGCGAAUCUUAUAAUUGGGGUAUCUCAUCUCGUCGUAAAAGACCAGCCCAGUAAAACCUUGUUUAUCAGGAGGGACCACACCAGAGCAAGGGCCAAACUGCCCCUCCAGGUCCCCUCUGCGUGUGUGUUUGUUUGGGUUCUCUAAAGUCUCCUCGCUAUAUCCCCAAAAUGUCCUCCAUCUUGCCGUUCACCCCUCCUGUUGUGAAGAGGUUGCUCGGGUGGAAGAAGUCUGCCAGUGGGCCAGGGGGAGCAGGGGGAGGAGAGCAGAACGGGCAGGAGGAGAAGUGGUGCGAAAAGGCUGUGAAGAGCUUGGUGAAGAAGCUCAAGAAGACCAGUCAGCUGGAUGAGCUGGAGAAGGCCAUAACAACACAAAACUGCAAUACCAAGUGCAUCACCAUCCCCAGCAAUUGCUCUGAAAUAUGGGGACUGAGUACAUCAAAUACGAUAGAGCAGUGGGAUACCUCAGGCCUAUACAGCUACCCUGACCAAACCAGAUCUCUGGACGGGCGCCUGCAAGUUUCCCACAAGAAGGGUCUUCCUCAUGUCAUCUACUGCCGGCUUUGGCGAUGGCCUGAUCUGCACAGCCACCACGAGCUGCGUGCCAUCGAGGCCUGCGAGUACGCCUUCCAUCUUAAGAAGGAUGAGGUGUGCAUCAACCCCUACCACUACCAGCGGGUGGAGACCCCAGUUUUGCCUCCAGUACUCGUGCCAAGACACUCUGAGAUUCUGACAGAGCUCCCUCCUCUUGAUGACUACACACAUUCCAUACCCGAGAACACAAACUUUCCCGCGGGCAUCGAACCCCCUAACAAUUACAUACCAGAAACGCCUCCACCAGGCUACAUAAGCGAGGAUGGGGAAGCGAGCGACCAGCAGAUGAAUCAAAGUAUGGACACAGGUUCUCCUGCCGAACUGUCCCCCAGUACCCUCUCCCCCGUCAAUCACAGCAUGGACCUGCAGCCGGUGACCUACUCUGAGCCAGCAUUCUGGUGCUCUAUAGCCUACUACGAGCUCAACCAGCGCGUGGGGGAGACCUUCCACGCCUCGCAGCCCUCGCUAACCGUGGACGGCUUCACGGACCCCUCCAACUCUGAGCGGUUCUGCUUGGGCCUGCUGUCCAACGUCAACAGGAACGCCACCGUGGAGAUGACAAGGAGGCACAUAGGAAGAGGAGUCCGGCUGUACUAUAUUGGUGGAGAGGUGUUUGCAGAGUGUCUAAGUGACAGCGCCAUCUUUGUUCAGAGUCCAAACUGCAACCAGCGGUAUGGGUGGCACCCAGCAACAGUGUGCAAAAUUCCUCCAGGUUGUAACCUGAAGAUCUUCAACAACCAGGAGUUUGCAGCGUUGCUCGCCCAGUCGGUGAACCAGGGCUUCGAGGCCGUCUACCAGCUCACUCGGAUGUGCACCAUCCGCAUGAGUUUCGUCAAAGGCUGGGGGGCUGAAUACAGACGGCAGACUGUCACAAGCACUCCCUGCUGGAUCGAACUGCAUUUGAACGGACCCCUGCAGUGGCUGGAUAAAGUUCUGACUCAGAUGGGUUCCCCUUCCGUACGCUGCUCCAGUAUGUCAUAAUGCUACAAAAAGGACCCAAGACGUCACCCACGCAAAGAUCAUGAAAUUCUAAACUUGUGAGUGCUAUCAUGGAGAGGAAAAAAGAAUACAUAAUGAGUUUCUGUAACAUACUUCAUAGUAUAUGUGGCCUAGCUCCACAUCCCUGUUUUAAAUGUAAACAGAUGCACACACACACACACAUAUAUAUACACUCAUACACUCAAUGAGACAGACUUUCCAGUAUAGAAUUUGGCACUUUGUUACCCAUGUAUGUCAUGCACCUUGUUAAAUUGCUUUCCCCAAAAUCCUUAAUAUUAGAUCUAUUUGUGGUACAAAUAAAAUGUAUAUUGGUUUUUAAAAGUCCAGUAAUGAAUUGUUGAAAACAGGGGAAAUACCAAAAAUAUCUACAAAUAGCUUCUCAGUAUUAGAGAAUUGUUGUAUGCGUUAAAUAUGCUUGAAGACAAAAAUUAAUUUUGGUUGAAUUUGCCCUACCAUAUUUUGGACAUGAGUUUACUUUUCUCUGGGAAAUUUAGAUCCAUCUUUUUUGGUCAGGGAGAGUUAGCCUGGUCCAGAAAUGUUUGCCUUUUUCACCUUUAUCCACUAUAGGAAACACUACAUUGUGUUUCUAAUAUUGAAUUGCUUAAUUGACUUUGCCCUUUGUUAGAGAAUUUCCUUUUCUUAUUCCAGACGUGUGUACGUUAUAAGACACACCUCUUAAUGGACAUAUAGGAAUGUUUAGGGAAAAAAAACGAUUAAAAAAAACAAACAAAAAAACUAAAGAACUGCAAAAUCGAUCUGGCUGUAGUUUAAGUUUUAGCUCUUUGUCAUUAUAUGGCACCCUCCUCAAUUUUCUAGGUAUGUUUCAUUUGCACCAGAAGAAGUGGCCUGGUAUGCAGGCUCGUAAGCUCUGGGCUAGGUUAGGCCCAGUUGUGCUGGGCAGGAACCAGAGACUAUCAGAUGUAAAACGUUUUUUGGACGUGUCACUGGGUGAGUCCAGGUUUCCAAGGAGACGCAUAAAAAAAGAAGAUAUUUCACUUGGAGAUUUGAAGGUAUCAAUGAAUUUCAUUCUAUAUAAUUUUUUAGCCUAUAUCCCCUUUCUUUUGCUACUUUUUUGUAUUCUCAUGUAUUUUUAUAUAUAAAUAUACUUACAUUUUUCUGUCGUUCACUUUUUAAUUAAGUAAUUUUUUCAAGACUACGCCAGUUUUUCAACGACUUGGCUUGCAAUCUAUGGAGAGCAUGGAUCAUUCCUGUUAAAUUGAAGGUUAAUCUUCAAUCUAAUUCCAAAUUAAGCCCUUGUCUUGGUAGAAAGUCACUCCCCAUGUGACAUAGAACUGUUUUAGUUUUCUUUUCAAAAUAACCUGGUGCAUUUAAAGUACACAUACAGUUGACAUGCCUGCAACAUAAGAUCUACUUACUUUCCUGUAAUGGUUAUUUGAUUCCUUAGGCAUGCUGUAUGAACUUACUUUCAAGUCAUUCAUCUCUUCACUUUACAAAAAACAUUUGAUUUCUCGAAGCCAUUUGGUGCUCAGUAGGCGACUAAAGGUCAACCAACAUUGACUUUCAAAUGUUAGGGAAACAUGGCUCUAUUCCAGUUUCUUACAUCAUAGAGGCAGAGAUAAUGGAACUGCACACUGGGACAUUCUAUGUUAGUGUGUGUAUUGUGUUUGUUCUUGUCUAUGAAAUACAGUUUAUAAAUCAAGACUUACGAGCUUGCAGUCUGCCAUUAUUGUCAUUUUGUGGCUGUUGCAAGUUUUUGAAACAUCUGUUUUCUCCCUACUCCUUUAUUGAUGUAAAUGUGUUUACCUUACGGCACUAGUGAUUGUACUUUGUAAGUGCACCUAGUGAGUUUGGAUUUGGGGAACUGAACUGUGUAUAAUGGGUCCAGUGUUACAGUCAUUUAUCUUUGGCCUACUACAUAUGAAUGUGAAGAGAAAACAUUAACAAAUCUGAAGUGGACCAGACGUACAUAAUAUACAUAACAGUAGUACAGUAUGUGUGUAUUUAACAGUAAUCUUUUGCAAAGCAGUCAGUACAGUAGUUGUCGCAGUUGUUUUACCAGUAGAGGGCGGUAUUGAUAGAGCAGUUCUUUUCUUCACCAUAAGCUUCUCAGGCCUGUGGCAUAUUAUGCAGACUUCAUAAAACACUAAUAAAGAUUUUUAUUCUCAUGAUGA